GUUGUAAAGCUUGUUUUCUUUUUUAGCUGUGUAACUUUGAGGCGAUGGCGGAUGUAGUUGGUGAUUUGAGCAGUUUUUCUUUUGAGACUGGACUGACGGACGAUGAGAAAAAGUUGCUUUACCUCCGUGCACGCUCGGCAGGACUGACGUUUUGCGGGUGCGCGCACGCAGCUUUCCUGUGUAAACUGGUCCACUCGCUGAGAAGCCAAACUGCAAACAGAGACUCAGUGGCAUCAGGGGAAGAUGGUGACCUCUGUGUUGGGAUACUUGGGUUGGGUCACAUGGGGAAACAGUUGCUCCUCUCCCUUCUUGAAAAAUCCGGCAUCAAACCAUCACAUAUUAAGAUCUCAAGUAGAAGACCAGAAUCUGCAGUGAAAUGUAUCCCGGCAGGAGUUGAGUGUUUCUUUGACAAUCGCAGACUAGCAGCGUGGGCAGACGUCCUGUUUCUCUGCUGUCUGCCCUCUCACCUCCCUAAAGUCUGUGCUGAUCUCCGCUCUCACCUGGCAAAACGCUGCCUUGUGUACAGCUUCACCUCGGGUGUGCCCGUCUCCAGACUGGCACAGCUACUUGGACACAACUUUAUUGUCAAACCACAGUAUGACUUUAUCGAUGGUGACAGUGCGGAUGUGUGGCUGUCCUGCACUCAUCUGACCACAGCGCUUACAGACCCUUUGCUGAUAGAGGCAUCAUGUCCUCUUACAAAGAGCGGUGGCAUUUUUCUGGGUCUGAACUGGGUAUGUGCAGUGUUGUACAGCCUGCUUAACAUCUGCACCUCUGCCAGUCUGGGAUCCAGCGAUACUCUCUCUCUUAUCAACAGCCUCCUUAAAGACAAAUGGCAACACACUGCAGAAUUAAACACACGCAGUUUCAUCAGUGCCUCUUGUGCAUCUUCCCUUCAUACAGAUGAACCAUUUCCCUGGAUUUCUCUUGCUGAUGCCCAGACCAGGGACACACCACUGCUGUGCUUUCUGUCAAGCAGUGAAUCUAUGCAACAGUGCAUCUCUGCAGCAUACAAAUCACUGCUACAGACACCAGCAAAAAAGACUCUCUAAUGUAAAACAUAACUGUAUUAGGAAUGCAACAAGUGACUAUUUUCAUUAUCAAUGAAUCUGCUGAAUAUUUUCUUGAUCCAUGUAUUCCCCUGUUACUCAAAAUGAUAAUUUAUUUAAAGUGUAUCAGGUUACAUUUCAUUAUCUAUGCCUCAAUAGUAUGUUUUUUGUAUCUGCAGAUAUUGUUUUUAAUAUUUCUGUGCAUGGUAUAAAACAAUACAUUUUACAAUGUUAAACAAGUAGCAAUAGUCUUCGUAUGUUGUAAUAU